AUUUCCGGGUGUUUCUGGCCGGUUGCUGUCGUGGAGACAAAAGGUCAAAGGCAAUGACAGACACAUGGACGAUUUUACAAUCCGUGGCAAUCGUCAGUGUUUUCUUUUGUGGCUUCUUUGGCGGCAUCCUCGCUAGGAUUGGUCAGCGUCAUGAAUUUCUAACCCAUUCACUCAACCUGGGGGCAGCAGGGGUUUUGUUGGCUGCCGGAUGCAUUCAUCUUCUUCCUGACGCAUCUGAAGAGCUCAAGAAGCUUGAUGAUUAUCCACUGGGAUCGCUACUAGCAUAUUCGACUGUCAUUCUUCUUCUUGUUGUGCACAUGCUGGCUGAAUAUAUUGCCAUCUACAGCUUGAGUAGAGACAGGACUGAUACUACAGAGCUUGUUCAGGUCGUCAGUAAACGUGACGCUGCUAUUGGUGCAGCUCUGAGCCAGCAACUGACAUCAAACAGCCCUCGACGUUGGGCAGCUGCUAUUGUCUUAGUGGUCGCUCUGGGAUUUCAUUCAUUUCUAGUCGGGGCAAGUCUUGGUGUUCAAAAAGAAGUUAAGACUGUGACGGAAAUUUUCGUACCAAUUUUGGCACACAAGUCUUUGGCUGCGGUCGCCCUAGGAAGCAGCAUUGUGAAAGCUCAUGCUCCCAAUCAUGUUUUCUACACUCUGAUUACGUUGUUUUCAUUGGCUACGCCUCUUGGUAUUGUGGCCGGUUUGGCGAUAGCUCGUUUUAGUGGGGAUCAGCUUUGGGCUGCGAUCUGUCAAGCAUUGGCCUCGGGAACAUUCAUCUAUGUUGCAGUGUUUGAGAUAAUGCCUGAUGCUCUGACUGUAAAGGAUGGUCUGAUGAGACUGCUCAUUCGAUUGUUGUGUCUGGUUGUAGGAUACGGCUUAAUGGCUGCGUUGGCAGUGUGGGUGUAAUAGUUUUAGGCUGUAGUUGAAUAGUUAGCAUACCAGUGGAUAAACUAUAAAAUCAUAAAUUUUAUUUGAUUAAAUUUUAUUACUCUGGAUUUUUUUGGUUAAUGGGUUAUGAUUUUAUUUCUAUGUUAUGAAACUAACGGGUUUUUGAAGUUUGAUUGAGGAUAAUGACGGUCAGAG